GAAUGGACCUCUGUCGUCUUCUCUAAAAGGCAGCCUUUCUCUUUUCCAUCCCAAAACUUGUCCUCAAAUUUGUGAAGAGUGACAUUCCAGGGUUGUUGUAUUAUUGUACCAAGGACCUUCUGAGCCAUGAUUUUCAAAUCUCUCCAUUUUCUCCUUUCCUUUAUAACCCUUUUCCUGUUACUCUCAGUUUCUACUUCUGAAGAAGACCCAUCGUCUACCUCUGCAAUCAUAUCAAGGUUCCAACAAUACCUUCAGAUUAACACCGUUCAACCCAGCCCCCAGUACUAUGAAGCUGCUGAUUUCAUCAUUUCUCAGGCCAAAGCACUCUCCCUUGAAUCUCAGACAAUUGAAUUCGUCGAGGGCAAGCCUCUGAUCCUCCUCAAAUGGCCUGGUUUGAAUCCUGAUCUCCCUUCGAUUCUCCUCAAUUCGCAUACCGAUGUUGUUCCAGCUGAACACCACAAAUGGACGCACCCUCCUCUUGGAGCUCAUAUCGAUUCCCACGGCAAUAUCUAUGCCAGAGGGUCUCAGGAUAUGAAGUGCGUUGGGAUGCAGUACCUUGAGGCUAUUCGGCGUUUGAAGGCAUCUGGGUUUGAGCCUCUGCGCUCUGUUUAUCUAUCUUUUGUCCCGGAUGAAGAAAUUGGUGGCCAUGGUGGUGCUGAGAAAUUUGCUGAAUCUGAUGUGUUCAACAAAUUGAAUGUUGCCAUUGUGCUUGAUGAAGGGUUGCCUUCUCCGGGAGAGAAUUAUAGGGUGUUUUAUGGGGAGAAGAGCCCCUGGUGGUUGGUGAUCAAGGCAGUGGGAGCGCCAGGUCAUGGAGCUAAGCUUUAUGAUAACGCUGCUUUGGAGAAUCUGUUCAAAAGCAUUGAGUCUAUCAGAAGGUUUAGAGCUUCACAGUUUGAUUUGAUCAAGGCUGGUUUGAAGACUGAAGGAGAUGUGGUCUCUGUCAACAUGGUCUUCUUAAAAUCUGGCACUCCAUCUCCUACUGGCUUUGUCAUGAAUCUGCAGCCAUCUGAAGCCGAGGCUGGUUUUGACGUUCGCCUCCCACCAACUGCAAAUCCAGAAUCUCUUGAGAGACGAAUUGCAGAGGAAUGGGCACCGGCUUCUCGUAACAUGACGUUUGAGUUUAAACAGAAGGAGUCUGUUUACAACAAGUUUGGGAAACCAGCUCUUACUGCUAUUGACAAAUCUAACCCAUGGUGGAAUCUUCUUGAAGAAGCUGUAAGAAAUGCCAAUGGAAAACUUGCAAACCCCGAAAUCUUUCCUGCUUCAACGGAUGCCCGAUACUUCCGAAAUCUUGGCCUCCCUGCAAUUGGCUUCUCUCCGAUGGUUAACACUCCUAUUCUUCUUCAUGACCAUAAUGAGUUUCUGAACCAAGCUGAGUAUUUGAAAGGCAUCGAGGUGUACAAAUCAAUAAUCAAGGCUUAUGCUUCUUACGACGGUGACAAACCGACUGAGAGCUUCAAAGAUGAGUUAUAAGAAAGCAGCAAUGCAGUGUUAUCAUCCAGCAUUCAGCAACGAGGUUCGAAUUUGCUGUCUAUAGGAUCAGGAAAUUUUGCAGCAUGGGGUUGGAAGGGAGGAAGGAUGAUUUUGUUCCAUAAUUAAUCUUCUGGAACUUUACUUCAUUGAACUUUGGUUAUGGUGCAUUUAUUUGCAAGUAUCAUACAGUUUCAGGCUGCAGAAUUUUCUUUCAAAUAAAGUGAAGACAGAAUUUGCUUGGGAA